AUGCCUGUCUAUAUGCUCCACGGAUUCCGCUGGCCACGCGCCGGCUUCACCGGAAUCCGCGUCUACAUCGUGCUACACAACCUCGAAGAAGCAGCCGCCGAAUACAUCCAGCAACCCCUCACGACAGAACUGCUCUCCGAAUCCUUCCACAAAACACAAGCCGAUCUCGUUCCGCGCCUCCCAGAGCUCUCCUUCAUCGAACAAUACGAUCCAGCCGAUGAGACCAGCGGCACCGUCAGUCAGGACCAUGCCUACGUCGGCGCACGGGUAAUGGAGAUCCCGGAUGAUGGCACCGGCGCUGGCGGCGGUCAGAACAUUGAAGAUGUCGUCGAGCAGGGCUCUGGGCUAACGGAUGAUGAGACGAAGGCGCUGGAAGAGCUGCGGGACCGGCUCGCGCCCGGAGAGAAGAUCGGAUGGUAUCUGGUAUAUAACGGAGAUCCGGAUCGGUGGUACCCUGACUCAGACUCAGAGUUUGAAGAGGGCUAUGAGAGUGAAGAGGACCGGGUUCAAAGUACGGCUCAGAGCACGGUGCAGAGCCAGCGCCAAAGUCGGCAGCAGAGUCAGCGACAGAGUCAGGUUCAGGGUAAGGAGGAGAGUUUCAUGGACCCGCCAAGUCCUCAGAGUUAUACGGGGGAAAACGCGCCUGGCGAAGUGGAUGAGGAAAAAGUGAAGCUCAAAGGCGAAGUCCAUCGUCUUGUUGCCCCUCGCGAUCAAAAAUACCAGUCCAACUUUGUUGAAUUCCGCCGCAGCACCAAGGUCGUGUACCGACGGUACGCCGGUUUAUUCUUCUGCGUCUGCGUCGAUGCAAAUGACAAUGAGCUCGCAUACCUCGAAGCCAUCCACUUCUUCGUCGAGGUGUUGGACCAAUUCUUCGGCAACGUUUGCGAGCUAGAUUUGGUCUUCAAUUUCUACAAGGUCUACGCCAUCCUGGACGAAGUCUUUCUCGCAGGCGAGAUUCAAGAGACAAGCAAGCAGGUUGUUCUCACGCGAUUGGAGCACCUGGACAAGCUAGAAUAA